ACUGUCUCUCAGCAUGGCUUUGCCGCAAAAGAUCCAACGACAAUUCUCGCCUGAAGAGAUUCAGUUCAUUGCAGGCAAUGAAUUCAUCUCCAUCAUUCCUAAUUUCACUCUAGACAAAAUGGAAUUCAUCCAGACGUCCUAUGGCCCGUUUAUGCCGCCUUUGCAAGCCCAGGUACCACUAUGGCUUGCAGUUGCUCUCAAAAAAAAUAGAAAAUGCUCAAUUGUCCCGCCCAACUGGUUCACGAAAGACAAUCUACAGGCAUUAUUGCAAAAUGAGGAAGACCACGACGAGUUUGCAAAAGUCCCGUUUCACUAUAUGGAAAUAGCCCACAUGUUAAUUGAAGUAGCGCCCGAUGAAAUACCUGAUAUUGAACACAUUCGAAAGCUAUUGAAAGAUAUUCGGGAGUGUCGACAAAGGAAGACGCGAGAUUUGCUAGGCAAAGUGGACGGGACCCGACUCGAGCUGCACAAUAUGUCUCGGAUGGAGCUCAACGAAAUACGUCCGCUGUUCUCGGCUGCCUUCAAUGAAAUGACCAAACUCCAAUUUUUAGAUAACCAGGAUGAAGUUAUGGAAUGAAUGGGGGGUUCGACUCAUCAAUGUAACAUAGUCACACUGCUGAUCAUCUCAAGCUGCUAUAUCGUCAUACUUGUAAACAAUUUAUUUAGGUCUCUACAGUACAAAAAGCAUACACUCUGAGAUUUGGCCAAGAUGGGGGCUUUAAAUUUGCGGCACAGUAUACUUAUAAUAAAACAACAGCAUUAAUUUCUUUGGUAAGAUGGGGAUUGAGUUAAGUUGGGUUAUGCU